AAUGGUCACUGAAUGCGAAUGCGGCCUGCAGUUGCUGGGGUUUUGGGCUCUCUCUGACACCCGCCAGCCAGCAGAUGGGGAGGCCUGGGGGGUGUGUGAGGGGAGUAGAGCCCCGGAGCUCAGGUGCAUCUGGAUGAGUUGUCCACAUUAGCGUCCCCCUCCAGGACCCCUGUACAGAGCACCGAGGGCAAGGCUGGGCCCACAGGCUGCAGAGACCGGCGAGCUGUGAUGGGAAACACAGCUCUGUGCACCUCCUGCCACGCAGAUAAGAGUGUCAGAGCCCGGGAACACAUGCAGGAGCUGGACAAAACUCCAGACUGCUGUGGCGAGGACAGCGAGGAUGCCAGAGGACCUGGGCCCCUGUCUGAUAGCAAUGCAAGCUUUCUGCGAGCUGCCAGGGCAGGCAACCUGGACAAAGUCGUGGAAUACCUGAAAGGGGGCAUCGACAUCAAUACCUGCAACCAGAAUGGACUCAAUGCCUUGCACCUGGCUGCCAAGGAAGGCCACGUGGGCCUGGUGCAGGAGCUGCUGGGAAGAGGCUCCGCCGUGGAUUCCGCCACCAAGAAGGGAAAUACUGCCCUUCACAUUGCAUCUUUGGCUGGACAAGCAGAAGUCGUCAAAGUCCUUGUUAAGGAGGGAGCCAAUAUUAACGCACAGUCUCAGAAUGGCUUCACUCCUUUGUACAUGGCUGCCCAAGAGAACCACAUUGAUGUUGUAAAAUACCUGUUGGAAAACGGCGCUAAUCAGAGCACUGCUACUGAGGAUGGCUUCACGCCUCUCGCUGUGGCGCUCCAGCAAGGGCACAACCAGGCGGUGGCCAUCCUCCUGGAGAACGACACCAAAGGCAAAGUAAGGCUGCCAGCUCUGCACAUUGCAGCUCGGAAAGAUGACACCAAGUCAGCCGCACUCCUGCUCCAGAAUGAUCACAACGCUGACGUCCAAUCCAAGAUGAUGGUGAAUAGGACGACCGAGAGCGGCUUCACCCCGCUGCACAUCGCCGCACACUAUGGGAAUGUCAACGUGGCCACUCUGCUCCUCAACCGUGGCGCCGCGGUGGACUUCACGGCCAGGAAUGGAAUCACUCCUCUGCAUGUGGCUUCAAAAAGGGGCAACACAAACAUGGUGAAGCUCUUGCUGGACCGGGGUGGUCAGAUCGACGCCAAGACCCGGGACGGGCUGACGCCGCUGCACUGCGCAGCACGGAGUGGGCACGACCAGGCCGUGGAGCUUCUGCUGGAGCGGGGAGCUCCGCUGCUGGCGAGGACGAAGAAUGGGCUGUCCCCGCUCCACAUGGCCGCUCAGGGGGACCACGUGGAGUGUGUGAAACACCUGCUGCAGCACAAGGCGCCUGUCGACGACGUCACCCUGGACUACCUGACAGCCCUGCACGUCGCUGCACACUGCGGCCACUACCGCGUCACCAAACUCCUUCUGGACAAGAGAGCCAAUCCGAACGCCAGAGCAUUGAAUGGUUUUACUCCACUGCACAUUGCCUGCAAGAAAAACCGCAUCAAAGUCAUGGAACUGCUGGUGAAAUAUGGGGCCUCAAUCCAAGCUAUCACAGAGUCUGGCCUCACACCAAUACAUGUGGCUGCCUUCAUGGGCCAUUUGAACAUUGUCCUCCUUCUGCUGCAGAACGGAGCCUCUCCAGAUGUCACUAACAUUCGUGGGGAGACGGCCCUGCACAUGGCAGCCCGGGCCGGCCAGGUCGAAGUGGUCCGGUGCCUCUUGAGAAACGGCGCCCUCGUUGAUGCCAGAGCCAGGGAGGAACAGACACCUUUGCAUAUUGCCUCCCGCCUGGGUAAGACAGAAAUCGUCCAGCUGCUUCUGCAGCACAUGGCUCAUCCAGAUGCGGCCACUACCAACGGGUACACGCCACUGCACAUCUCAGCCCGGGAAGGCCAGGUGGAUGUGGCGUCAGUGCUCCUGGAAGCCGGAGCAGCACACUCCUUAGCUACCAAGAAGGGUUUUACCCCUCUUCAUGUAGCAGCCAAGUAUGGAAGCCUGGAUGUGGCAAAACUUCUCUUGCAACGCCGUGCUGCUGCAGACUCUGCUGGGAAGAACGGCCUUACCCCGCUCCACGUUGCUGCUCACUAUGACAACCAGAAGGUGGCGCUGCUGUUACUGGAGAAGGGCGCGUCCCCGCACGCCAUCGCCAAGAAUGGUUACACUCCUUUACACAUUGCUGCCAAGAAGAACCAGAUGCAGAUCGCUUCCACGCUCCUCAGCUAUGGAGCCGAGACCAACAUUGUGACAAAGCAAGGCGUAACACCACUCCACCUGGCCUCGCAGGAGGGCCACACGGACAUGGUCACCUUGCUGCUGGACAAGGGAGCCAAUAUCCACAUGUCGACCAAGAGUGGACUCACAUCCUUACACCUUGCGGCCCAAGAGGAUAAAGUCAACGUUGCUGAGAUUCUGACCAAGCGCGGGGCUGACCAGGAUGCACAUACGAAACUCGGUUACACUCCUUUAAUUGUGGCCUGUCACUAUGGAAAUGUGAAAAUGGUCAACUUUCUGCUGAAGCAGGGGGCGAAUGUCAAUGCAAAAACCAAGAAUGGCUACACACCUCUGCACCAGGCUGCCCAGCAGGGCCACACACACAUCAUCAAUGUCCUGCUGCAACAUGGAGCCAAGCCCAACGCCACCACCGCGAAUGGUAACACUGCCUUGGCCAUCGCGAAGCGGCUGGGCUACAUCUCCGUGGUCGACACGCUGAAAGUCGUGACCGAAGAGGUCACCACCACCACCACGACUAUCACGGAAAAACACAAGCUCAAUGUUCCUGAGACUAUGACAGAAGUUCUCGACGUUUCUGAUGAAGAGGCUUUUAAACAUUUUGGUGACCACUUUAUUGAUGGGGAAGUACUUAGCGAUUCAGGGGAUGACACAAUGACAGGCGACGGGGGAGAAUACCUUAGACCUGAGGAUCUCAAAGAGCUGGGUGAUGACUCACUACCUAGCAGUCAGUUCCUGGAUGGAAUGAAUUACCUGCGGUAUAGCUUGGAGGGAGGACGAUCUGACAGUAGCACCAUGCCCAGCCUCCGGUCCUUCAGUUCCGACAGGUCUCACACCCUGAGCCACGCAUCCUACCUGAGGGACAGCGCCAUGAUGGACGACGCCGUGGUCAUCCCCAGUCACCAGGUGUCAACUCUAGCCAAGGAGGCAGAAAGGAAUUCUUAUCGUCUCAGCUGGGGCACUGAGAACUUGGACAACGUGGCUCUUUCUUCUAGCCCUAUUCAUUCAGGCCGCUCCUCUCCAUGUCUUGAUCGUGACAACAGCAGUUUCCUGGUUAGUUUCAUGGUGGAUGCCCGAGGGGGUGCGAUGCGAGGAUGCAGACACAAUGGACUUCGGAUCAUUAUCCCACCUCGGAAAUGCACGGCGCCCACGCGAGUCACCUGCCGCCUGGUCAAACGCCAUCGCCUGGCGACCAUGCCCCCCAUGGUGGAAGGAGAAGGCUUGGCCAGCCGCCUGAUCGAAGUCGGACCUUCUGGUGCUCAGUUCCUUGGUAAACUUCACCUGCCAACGGCUCCUCCCCCACUUAAUGAGGGAGAAAGUUUGGUCAGCCGCAUCCUGCAGCUGGGGCCUCCUGGAACCAAAUUCCUUGGGCCUGUGAUCGUGGAGAUCCCUCACUUCGCGGCCCUCCGAGGGAAGGAGAGGGAACUGGUGGUCCUGCGCAGCGAGAACGGGGACAGCUGGAAGGAGCAUUUCUGUGAAUACACGGAAGAUGAGCUGAAUGAAAUCCUGAAUGGCAUGGACGAAGUGCUGGACAGCCCAGAAGAUUUGGAAAAGAAACGAAUCUGCCGUAUCAUCACCCGUGACUUCCCACAGUACUUUGCAGUAGUGUCACGCAUCAAACAGGACAGCAACCUGAUUGGCCCAGAGGGAGGUGUGCUGAGCAGCACUGUGGUCCCCCAGGUGCAAGCCGUCUUCCCAGAGGGUGCGCUGACCAAGCGGAUCCGUGUAGGCCUGCAGGCUCAACCUAUGCACAGUGAGCUGGUUAAGAAGAUCUUAGGCAACAAAGCUACCUUCAGUCCUAUAGUCACUUUGGAACCUAGAAGAAGAAAAUUCCACAAGCCAAUUACUAUGACCAUUCCUGUCCCCAAAGCAUCAAGUGAUGUCAUGUUGAAUGGCUUUGGGGGCGAUGCACCGACCUUAAGACUGCUGUGCAGCAUAACAGGUGGCACCACCCCCGCGCAGUGGGAAGACAUCACAGGAACCACACCACUCACCUUCGUCAAUGAGUGUGUUUCCUUCACAACCAACGUGUCUGCCAGGUUCUGGCUGAUAGAUUGCCGGCAGAUUCAGGAAUCUGUCACCUUUGCAUCACAAGUGUAUAGAGAAAUUAUCUGUGUACCUUACAUGGCCAAAUUUGUAGUGUUUGCCAAGUCUCACGACCCCAUCGAAGCCAGGCUGAGGUGUUUCUGCAUGACUGACGACAAGGUGGACAAAACCCUGGAGCAGCAAGAGAACUUCGCCGAGGUGGCCAGGAGCAGGGACGUGGAGGUAUUAGAAGGAAAACCCAUCUAUGUUGAUUGUUUCGGCAAUCUGGUUCCCUUAACUAAGAGUGGCCAACAUCAUAUCUUCAGUUUUUUUGCUUUUAAAGAAAACAGACUUCCUCUCUUUGUUAAGGUCCGCGAUACAACUCAGGAACCUUGCGGUCGGCUGUCGUUUAUGAAGGAGCCAAAAUCCACAAGAGGCCUGGUGCAUCAGGCUAUUUGCAAUUUAAACAUCACCCUGCCAAUUUACACAAAGGAAUCAGAGUCAGAUCAAGAGCAAGAAGAAGAGAUCGAUAUGACAUCAGAAAAAAAUGAUGAGACAGAAUCUACAGAAACAUCUGUCCUGAAAAGUCACCUGGUUAAUGAAGUUCCUGUCCUGGCAAGUCCGGACUUGCUCUCUGAAGUUUCUGAGAUGAAACAAGACCUGAUCAAGGUGACUGCCAUCUUGACCACGGCUGUGUCUGAGCAGGCAGCCUCUCUGAAAGCGAAGGAGCUGGCGAAGGCUGCAGAGGAGGAGCCGGGCGAGCCCUUUGAGAUCGUGGAGAGAGUUAAAGAGGAGUUAGAGAAAGUGAACGAGAUCCUGAGAAGUGGAACGUGCUCCAGGGAGGAAGGUGGCCCGCUGCGCCCUCAGGAGGAGAGGGAGAUGGAAGAGGAGGAGUGGGUGCUUGUGAGUGAGGAGGAAAUAGAGGAAGCAAAGCGGAAAGCACCUUUAGAAGUCUCUGAGUACCCCUGUGUGGAAGUUAGAUUAGAGAAAGGGAGCAGGGUCAAAGCAGAGAAGGACCCCACUGGACUUGUGAACUUCCUGGCUGAGGACCUCGGUGCCUGCGUGUCUCCUCAUGAGGAGAAGGCCAGUGAGGCUGCGGGCGAGGAGGGGAAGCUUGGUGCCCAGAAGCAGCACAGGCCAGGGCUGGGGAUAAAGAAGCCAGUGAGGAGAAAGCUAAAAGAAAAGCAGAAACAGAAAGAGGACGGCUUACCAGGGAGUGAGGCCAAAGCAGAACUUAAACAAGGUAGUUCUGAAGAGUCCCUGGAAGAAGACCCGGGUCUGGCCCCUGCUCCCCUCCCCACUGCAAAGGCCACGUCUCCUCUCAUAGAAGAGACGCCCAUUGGCUCCAUAAAGGACAAAGUGAAGGCCCUUCAGAAGCGAGUGGAAGAUGAGCAGAAAGGCCGAAGCAAGCUGCCCAUCAGGGUCAAAGGCAAAGAGGAGGUGCCCAAAAAGGCCACUCCCAGGACGCAUCCAGUGGUGUCACCUUCCCUGAAGUCGGACAGGCACACCGCAGUGUCACCAUCCCCCAAAACAGAGAGACACUCAUCCCUGUCCUCUGCAAAGCCAGAAAGGCAUGCUCCAGUGUCACCGUCAAGUAAAGAGAGACACUCACCUGUGUCCCCCUCAGCGAAAGCCGAAAGACAUUCACCUGUGUUGGCAGCAGGUAAACCUGAGCGACAUUCACCCCUGUCACCCUCAACCAAAGCUGAAAGACACUCCCCUGUGUCCUCUACGAAGUCAGAAAGACACCUGCCUGUCUCGCCUUCGGGCAAAACUGACAAACGGCCACCUGUGUCACCCUCUGGGAAAACUGAGAAACAUCCUCUAGUGUCACCUGGGAGGACAGAAAAGCGCUCACCUGUUUCACCGUCUGGAAGAACAGAGAAGCAUCCACCCUCUGGAAAAAAUGACAAGCACCUGCCUGUGUCACCCUCUGGGAGAACAGAGAAGCAACCACCUGUGUCCCCUACUUCCAAAACAGAGAGAAUUGAGGAAACUAUGUCUGUCCGGGAGUUGAUGAAAGCUUUCCAAUCAGGUCAGGACCCAUCAAAACAUAAAACUGGACUCUUUGAGCACAAAGCAGUAAAACAAAAGCAGACACAAGAAAAAGGUAAAGCUCGGGUAGAAAAAGAAAAGGGGCAGAUAGCGAGCCAGAGAGAAGUGCAGAGAACGGAGAGUCAGACCAUCAAACGAGGCCAGAGAUUCAUAGUGACAGGGCUUUCAGAAUCCAGAAGAAGUGUCCGAGCCUCCUCCAUAGGACUUCGGAGAGAAGAGACAGUUGGAGAAAAGGAGAAGACCCCCAGUCACAAAACCCCAGAGCCUGCUCGGCCAGUACAUGAGGAAGAAAGCCAUGGAGAGAGUGAGAUCCCCAAGGAAAAGGUGACUGACGAACAGGGAGACUUGGACCUGCAGAUCAGCCCGGACAGGAAAACCUCCACGGACUUUUCUGAUGUCAUUAAGCAAGAGUUGGAAGACAAUGACAAAUACCAGCAGUUCUGCCUGAGCGAAGAAACUGAGAAGGCACAAGUUCACCUAGACCAAGUCCUCACCAGCCCUUUCAACACAGCCUUCCCUCUGGAUUACAUGAAGGAUGAGUUCCUCCCCACACUUCCUCUACAGAGCGAUGCUCUGGCCGGCAGUUCUGAGAGCCUGAAACAGGAGGGGAUGGCAGGUUCGCCAUGUGGAAGCCUGAUGGAGGGGACCCCACAGAUCAGCUCAGAAGAAAGCUACAAGCAUGAGGGUCUGGCAGAGACCCCUGAGACCAGCCAGGAAAGCCUUUCUUUCUCACCAAAGAAAAGUGAGGACCAAAUUGGGGAAGUAAAGGAAACCACCAAGUUAGAAACACCACCAGAAAUUCAUUCAGAAAAAGAAUAUCCCACAACCAAAGACACCAUCAAUGGUUCUGACGCUCAAGGUGCUACAGUCCCUGAGGGCUCAGAGCCCUCUGUUGAGGCCACCCCAGACCCUCCCAGAGACAUAUGCCCCAAGCAAAUAGAGGACAUCUCUGUCAGCCCCAGUGUGCCACUAGCAGAAGAACCCCCUAGGACACAGGCUGAGGAAGUGUCCUCUGACAGAGGUUCAGCUCACAGGACACAGGCUGACAGUAAAACUCAGGAAUCCACGGCCACCUCAGAUGAGGCAAAGUCCCCAGGCCCAUCUGCUGCUUCUGUAAAGCCAGACCCCGACACUGAAUCCAGGCCCCCAGGAACCGUUAGAAGUCCCCAAGGGUUAGAGCUUGCACUCCCUAGCCGAGAUAGUGAAGUCCUCAGCCCCAUGGCUGAUGAGUCAUUAGCAGUGAGCCACAAAGACUCUCUGGAAGCCAGCCCUGUGCUGGAGGAUAACUCCUCACACAAAACUCCCGACUCCCUGGAGCCAAGUCCCCUGAAAGAGUCUCCUUGCCGGGACUCUCUCGAAAGCAGCCCUGUUGAACCAAAGAUGAAGGCAGGGAUUCUCCCAAGUCACUUCCCUCUUCCUACUGCUGUCACCAAAACAGAACUCAUUACGGAAGUGGCCUCCAUGCGGUCCCGGCUCCUCCGAGAUCCCGAUGGCAGCGCUGAGGAUGAUAGCCUGGAGCAGACGUCAUUGAUGGAGAGUUCAGGGAAGAGCCCCCUGUCCCCCGAUACCCCCAGUUCUGAAGAAGUCAGCUAUGAGGUCACACCCAAAGCUACAGAUGCAUGUACCCCCAAACCAGCUGUGAUUCAUGAAUGCUCCGAGGAGGAUGACUCUGAAAAUGGGGAGAAAAAGAGGUUCACACCAGAAGAGGAAAUGUUCAAAAUGGUAACUAAAAUUAAAACGUUUGAUGAACUUGAACAAGAAGCAAAGCAGAAAAGGGACUAUAAGAAAGAGCCCAAGCAGGAGGAGUCUUCUUCAUCCUCUGAGCCAGACGCUGACUACACAGUGGGUGUGGGUGAACCGGAGCAGGUGGAGAGUGUGGAGGGUGAAAGCGAUGUCCCUGUGGUGGUGACUUCUGAGAGCCGAAAGGCUUCUUCCUCCUCAGAAAGUGAACCCGAAUUGACUCAGCUAAAGAAAGGUGCUGACUCGGGCCUUUUACCAGAACCAGUUAUCCGAGUGCAGCCUCCUUCCCCACUUCCAUCCAGCAUAGACUCCAGUUCUAGCCCCGAAGAAGCACUCUUUCAGCCCAUCGUUUCUAAACAGUAUACUUUCAAGAUGAGUGAAGAUACUCAGGAAGAGCCAGGUAAUUCAGCAGAAGGAGAAGCCCGGGAGUCCUAUUCUGUGGAAGACGGUCACCCUCUUUCCCCUGCAGAAGCAGAUAGGUCUUACCAUGAUCUGAACAAAGACACUACUCAACAGAAAUUCUGUGAUGGCCAUGGGUGUGAGGCUAUGGGUCCUAGCAGCCUGGCCACUCCUACCACUUCAGGUCUUCAGAAGUCUGCUGGUGAUGAUGUCGAUGAGCAGCUCAUCAGCUAUAAGGAAUCAUCAGCUUUGCAAGAUGUGCGUGAAAGUGACACAGAAGGAGAAGAGCAGGGUGUUUCUGGAGUGGAAUCCCCACAAGUAGAUUGCCUCAGUGGAAGCCCUUCUUUGUCCUCUUUCCCACAUUGUCCAGUAUUUGAAGAAAAGGAAUUAGAUGACAGAAUGUCUUCUGUAUCUCCCACUACAGAAAUGGAGGAAACCAACAGUGAUCCAACUUUGGAGAGCUUACGGAAGGACUGUGCCACUCAAGACUCAUAUAUUCCAACUCAAACAGAUAGGUUGUCCAUGGACAUUCCAGAAUCAGACCUAGUGGAAACUGAUGAAAUCUCUGAGCCUCAUAUCACAAGCCCUUAUGAAAACGUUCCUUCUCAACCAUUUUUCUCUAGUGAAGAAAGCAAAACCCAAAUAGAUGCCAGUCAUGUCUCAAGUUUCCAGUCUUCUGAAGUGCAUUCUGUUACCAUUACAUCCUCCGUAGCAGAGGCGGUAGUGACAAGCUCCUGUAGUAGAACUGUUUCAAGCAAAGAAUCCAAUUCUGAGAGUGAGCACCUUCAAACAGAAUCCAAACCAGAAAGUGCAGUGUGGGAAAUGCAAUCAGAGAGCUCCUCCUCCUCUCCCCAGCCUACUAUAGCAAACACACCAGCCGUCAUUGGGGAACAAAUAAACAAAGUCAUCAUCACAAAAACAGAUGUGGAUUCAGAUUCCUGGAGUGAAAUUCGUGAAGAUGAUGAAGCCUUUGAGGCUCGAGUGAAAGAGGAAGAACAGAAGAUAUUUGGCUUGAUGGUAGACAGACAAUCACAAGGCACUACCCCGGACACCACUCCUGCUAGGACCCCAACAGAAGAGGGCACCCCAACUAGUGAGCAAAAUCCAUUUCUCUUCCAGGAAGGAAAACUGUUCGAGAUGACGCGAAGUGGUGCGAUUGAUAUGACCAAAAGGUCCUAUGCAGAUGAAAGCUUCCACUUUUUCCAAGUUGGUCAAGAAUCUAGGGAAGAGACUUUCUCUGAGGACAUGAAAGAAGGGACCACAGGGGCAGAGCCACAGCUGGAGACAACGGCUGAGUCACUCACACUUUCAGAAUCAAAAGAAAUGGUAGGUGAUGAAGCAGAGUUACUUCCAGAUGACCUAAGUGAGGACGCAGAGGAAAUGCUCACUUCAGACGCUCACCUUGAUGCCCAAAUGGAGAUUUCGGCUGCCCCUGAAAUGUCCGCACAGGAGGCUGCUGCUCCAGGGGUUGAGGACCUCCCUAUGCAAAUGGCUUGUAUACCUCCAUCCAGGAGGAAGCAGGUAUCUUGCCCUGAUGCCCCUGAACCAGUUGUCCCAGUUCAGUUAGACUUUUCCACAGUCACCAGGUCUGUAUAUUCAGAGCGGGAUGAGGAGUCUCCUGAUUCUUCUCCCGAGGAAGAGAAGUCAGUGAUUGAAAUCCCCACUGCACCCAUGGAGAAUGUGCCUUCUAUCGACAGUGAAUCCAAAAUCCUUGUAAGGACUAUCCCCACUUCAUCUGUAGCCCAUCCAUCCGUAGAGGAUGAGUGUGCAUUUUCUGAAGAUUUUCCAUCCAGUCUGGAUGAAGAAAGUAAGGAAGAGGAUGCAAAACCAAAGUCAAAAAUCCCCAUCAAAGCACCCACCCAAAGAGUCGAAGAGCAGCCCUCAUUUCUAGACUCAUCUCUCCAUAAGGCAGAGGCACCUCAGGGACAGGAUGUGACAGGCAGAGCUGCAGACCAUAGAAGCAAAUCCGAAUCUGAUGCUAGUCCUUCGGACUCCAAGGCCAAAUGCCCAGGGAAAGCCAGAAGUUACAUUGAGACAGAGGCAGAGAGCAGAGAGAGGGCAGAGGAGUCUGAGUCAGAAUCAGAGGAAGGGGCCACAAGGCCAAAGAUGUUUGCAUCCCGACUGCCAGUUAAGAGCAGAAGCACCACAUCUUCUGCCAAGGGGGUCACAAGCCCCACAAAAGACAGGAAGGAGCAUUUCUUUGACCUUUACAGAAACUCCAUUGAAUUCUUUGAGGAAAUUAGUGAUGAGGCCUCUAAGCUAGUGGAUAGACUGACACAGUCGGAGAGGGAGCAGGAAUUAGCUUCAGAUGAUGAAAGCAGUAGUGCCCUGGAAGUUUCAGUUAUUGAAAACCUGCCACCUGUUGAGACUGAGCACUCAGUUCCUGAGGACAUCUUUGACACAAGGCCCAUUUGGGAUGAGUCCAUUGAGACUCUGAUUGAACGCAUCCCUGAUGAAAAUGGCCAUGACCGUGCUGAAGAUCCACAGGAUGAGCAGGAGCGGAUCGAGGAGAGGCUGGCUUAUGCCGCUGAUCACCUGGGCUUCAGCUGGACAGAGUUAGCUAGAGAACUGGACUUCACUGAGGAGCAAAUUCAUCAGAUUCGAAUUGAGAACCCCAACUCCCUUCAGGACCAGAGUCACGCGCUGCUGAAGUACUGGCUGGAGAGGGAUGGGCAACACGCUACAGAUGCCAGCCUCAUUGAAUGUCUCACCAAGAUCAACCGAAUGGACAUUGUCCACCUCAUGGGGACCAGCGCAGAGCCGCUCCAGGGGCUCAUCAGCCACAGCUACGCAGAAAUCGAGCAAACCAUCACGCUGGACCAUAGUGAAGGCUUCUCGGUGCUCCAGGAGGAGCUCUGCACCACACAACACAAGCUUCAGGAGGAGCAGGCAGCUUCCAGCGAGGGCGAGGCUGGCGAUCACCCCCCCAUUGUCUCAGAGGAAGACGUUUCUGUGGGCUACUCCACCUUCCAAGACUGUGUCCCCAAAACUGAGGGGGACAACUCCGCAGCAGCACUUUCUCCCCAGAUGCACCAGGAGCAAAUUCAACAAGAUUUCUCAGGGAAAACGCAGGACGCGUCUGAUGAGCAGCAGGCAUACUUUGUGACGAGCCCGGGUACAGAAAGGACCCCGGGCUCUCCCAGCAGGACCCCCGAGGAGAUCGGGACCCCUUCCGAGGAGGAUAGGCUAGACCUUAGGACCCCAUUGUCCAGCGAGCGGGGAGGCUCCCCCAUUGUGCAGGAACCCGAAGAGCCCCCUGAAAUGAGGGAAGAGAGCUCCCCCUGGAAAACCAGCCUUGUGAUUGUGGAGUCUGGUGAGGCCCAGCCACACACCUUUCUGGGACCUGACGGGGACACGGCUUUGGAAAAGGAGCUGAGAGACGAAUUAGGGGAGCUGGAGGUCAGCUCCGAUGAGGAGGCGAUGGUUACCACCAGGGUUGUCCGCCGGCGUGUGAUCAUCCAGGGAGACGACAUGCCUGAGAUACCCCCAGAAAGUGUCACUGAGGAAGAAUACGUGGAUGAGCAUGGGCACACCGUGACGAGGAAGGUUACCAGGAAAAUCAUCAGACGCUACAUGUCCUCCGACGGCACAGAGAAGGAAGAGGUUACCAUGCAAGGGGCACCACCAGAGCCUGUGAGCAUUGAGCAGGGCGAUGGCUACUCCAGGGUGCUGAAGCGCGUGGUGUUGGAGAGUGACAGCAGCCAGUCGGAGGUAACUUUGUCCGAACCCAGCAUUCUGUCCAGCACCUCCCAGUUUCAGGCUGAACCAGUGGAAGGCCGUAGAGUCAGCAAGGUGGUUAAAACCACUGUGGUCCGGGGAGAGCGGAUGGAGAAACACCUGGGGGACUCUGACUUAGCCACGGACCUUCCUUCAGCCAAAGAUGACUUUGAAGAGGCUUUAAGUUACACAGGUAGCCACAUGAAAGUCCACCCCCCAAGUUUAGUAGAGAAGGAAAUCGUGAAAGAGGAUGGCUCCAUCAUUAAAAGGACAACAAUGAGUAAAGCCAGGACCCAGCGGAGGACUGUGGUGAAGGACCGGCACGGGAAGCGCGUGGAGCUGGGGCACCUGGAGGAUGUGCCGGAAGCCCUGGGCCAGGACGACCUCCAGCGCGACCUCCAGCAGCUCCUUCGCCAUUUCUACCCAGAGGACUUGCAGAGAGAGGCCACGUGAGGGGCCGCCCGCCGCCGGCCGAUGGAUGGGACCUGACGUUUCCACCAUUGCGAAUACACAGCGUUUUGUUUCCGUUCUUCCCCUUCUCUCUAACGUCAAGCCGAUUUGUGACCAAAGAUAGCACCGCGCACUGCGGGUGCUGUAGCUGCACCUUGGUCGUCCCUGGGGUCCUGCCACCUGGCGCCUCUGCUCCUGCGGAGCUCCUGGGAAGGCGUGAUGGGCAGCGCUUGCCCCGCAGACCGUGCCGGUGACCCCAGGACCCCCAGGCCCCAUCCGCAGUGCGUCUGCAGAGGCGCAGCGCGUGGAAGUCAGAGCCACUGCCCGCCCUGCGCGCCACAGAUGAAGUCUCUAGAGACUGCCCAACGGAGGGUGACAGGGACAUUGCUAAGGCAAUCGAACCAUUGCACGACACAGUUCCGCUGCGGAGGAGGCCCGCGGAGCGCUCGCCCCACCCGGGAGUGGGAGGCCGUGUCGGAGACCGCGCGCUGUGCCCACGCGGGACGCUGCCCCGCGGCCUUGGGCACCCGCAGCCCUUCCACGUUGGGCGUGUUGGCAGGGUAUUUCCAAGUCCUAACUACUGUAGCUCCCCAGCUCCCUGGCUGCUCUAGCAAACCACGCUGUCUUACUGGUGGUCCCUGCGGCCACUGCACUGUAGAUAACGUCACUGGACCCAAGGUUUACCCACUCCAAACACGGAAAAGGAAAAAAGGUUACAUUCCCGCGCCCUGUCAGCGUGGUUUCUUUCUCUUCCCUCCUCAGCUCUCUUCUCCAGUACCUGCAUGUGGCGUUUAAAGCGGGAAACCACAGCCCACCGGCCCAGCACAGCAGCGGUGCCGACCUUUCCGCCCUGAGUGAAGACCGCGGGUCUGUGCUUCAGCGUGCAGACAAGGUUGGGAAGCCCUUUGGAAGUUUGGUUUUGGUUAAAAUGUUUGGUUUAUUUAUUUGAAAUCCGACCCCCUUGGAAACUCUUGAGUGCAUUUGUGCACUUUCCUGUGGGUUUGUUUCAGGGGAGGGACUACAAUCCGAGUGAUUUCCGUGUCCUGUUUCUUACUCCUCUAGUGGUUGAAGCUGUGUAGCAUUUUAACAUAUAUUAUAUAUAUUCACAAAUAUAUUCAUAUAAACAGUAUACAUUUUGAACCAGUUAUUUGUUAAAGAAAAGUAUAUUCAGUGAGGAUGAAAUUUAAAAGAAAAAAAGAGUCUGUCCUCUGGGGAUCGGACUUUUCCCAAUUCUAUCUGGUAUUUUCCUGUUGUGCGGAAAAUGACUCCUUGCUCAGUGUCGAAAACCAAUGCGACAAACAAUUUAAAAUAACAUUGCCAAGAAAAAACAAUGUUCCAGGAGCGGGUUUCACAUAAGCCAAGCCUCCUGACCCUCAAAUGCUAGCACUUUUCGGCGGUUGGGUAGGAAAUAGAAUGUUCGUUGGCAGCCACAAGGAGAGAGACCCAUAUGGACCUUUGUGAUGCACACCGAGGUCCUCUGUCACACCCUCCACUUGGAGCCGGAGACAAGCAUUUCUGUUGUGUAAUUUGCAGUGCAGAUGAUGUCUGUGUAACAACAUAAUGGUUAUUCACCUUCCUUUGAUUUUUGAUUUUUGCUGUGUUAUCAAAAACUUGAAUACUGUGAGAAGAAGUGAAUUUUCAGUUGAUGAAUCAGCAUCUUGUUCCCAUGGUGAUAACACUAAUUGAAUAUAUCUAUGAGGGCAUGUAUUAGUUAAUGGAAAAAAUACAACACUAACAAUACAUAGCUGCAAUGUUGUACAAUGGCUGAUUAAUUCAAUAAAAUGUACAAGUGUUAAA